UCUUCAACUUUAGAAAACACAAAAAAGGAUCUGAAUCUGAUAAUCUAGCUAAGAGAAAUCAGUAAUAAGUGGUCAAAUAUUAGUGACGAAACUCGUCACUGAUAUUUGCAUCACAAAAUUUUGUCUGUAGUUUUGAUUUUUGAAUCUUUGACAUAUUCAGUAAUCAAUAAGAGAAAAUGGGAGUGUUUUCCAAUAAAAUCGACAGAGAACACUUGAAACCCGGCGAUCACAUUUACUCUUGGAGGCAGGCAUACAUCAUUGCUCAUCACGGAAUAUAUGUUGGUAUGGGAAUGGUGAUCCACUUCACAAGAGGAGCAACACAAGAAACUGGAACAGGAACAGGAACAGUCUUGAAGCGAGUUCAUCGUGGUACUCGUGAGACAGGAUGCCCUAGAUGUGGUUACAAAAUAAAGACCGAGGGAGUCACUAGAACCUGCUUGGAGUGUUUUCUUCGUGGUGGAUAUCUAUACUUGUUUGAGUAUGGUGUCUCAUCUGCAUAUUUUCUAGCCAAAGCUAGAGGGGGAACUUGCACCACUGCAUCUUCUGAUCCAAAUGAGGCUGUUCUUCGCCGUGCUUUGUUUCUUCUAAAGGCUGGUUUUGGUGGCUACCAUUUGUUCAAGAAUAACUGUGAAGACUUUGCAAUGUACUGCAAAACAGGCUUGCUUGUAGUCACAAACAUCAGCGUAGGGCAAAGUGGACAAGCAACAUCUCUAUUAGCUGCUGCUGGUGCCUUGGUUUCUUCAUCACUUGUGUUUAUGACCACUAGCUUGUGUGGUCUUGCUUUGGUUGGAUGUGGCAUGUAUUGUGUUAGCAGAUAUGUUUCUGAUAUUGGAGUACGCUGUGAUGUAUCAAAAGUUUCGGUAGAGAGGAUUCAUGAGGUGGCCAAAGAAGAUUGGAUGCAAGAAAUUGUUGCAUGGUCUGGAGAAGUUAUUACAUGGUCUAGAUUAUGUGGUCUAAAUCAAUAUUUACAUAAUAUGUAAUCACAGGGAAAACUGAUAGUAUAUCACAUAUAGAUUGGUUAAGAUCACAUGAUGUUGGACAAUGCAAUGACAACUCUGUUGCCUAUGACUUUUAAGUUUGA